GCCAUUCUAACCACAUCGUUUCUGCGCUUCACGUUACGCCGAGUGUAUGAGAGAGUGAGACUUUUUGUGAAUCGUUGAUAAAACUGGUUUUUGGUGAUUAUUAAUUAGCGAUCGGUUUCGGGCAUACGGUUCAAUCGAGUUUAAACCGGGUGUACAAGUGAAAGCUAAGGAUUUUAAUUGAAGAUUGAAGGAUUUUAAAAACGAGUUCAAUGAGCGAAACGAGCAAGUGAAAAUUGCUAAAAGACACUCUAUCCAAAGUUUGGAAAGGAAGAACAAGUGACGUGAACUAUGGUAAACAUUGACCCAACAGCAAUGAAUGGACAAACAAUGUUUAGUAUGGCCCGUGCGCCUUUAAAGUCGAACUUUUCGAUAAACUCGAUUCUGCCGGAAACAGCAAUGCAGACCUCUCCGGUACAUACGCCAUCACCGUCGCCACAUUCGUGCCAUUCACCGAUCGGGUCGGAAGAACAGGAUCAUGAUCUUACCGAUACCGAGUCGGACCUGGAUGUCACCGGAACGCCACCGCCAAUGGAUUGUAGCAAUAAGGACAAAUCAGAUGAAACUGAAGAUGGUGCCUCGAGUCCAAAGGACGGAGAAAAGAAGGGUAAUGAAAAACCUCCAUACAGUUACAAUGCUCUCAUCAUGAUGGCCAUUCGGCAAAGUGCUGAGAAACGCCUUACCCUGAAUGGAAUCUACGAGUAUAUUAUGAGGAACUUUCCCUACUAUCGUGAUAACAAACAAGGCUGGCAAAACUCGAUUCGCCACAAUCUUAGCUUGAACAAGUGCUUUGUGAAAGUGCCUCGCCACUACGAUGAUCCUGGCAAGGGAAACUACUGGAUGUUGGAUCCUUCCGCCGAAGAUGUAUUUAUUGGAGGAUCAACCGGAAAACUUCGCCGUCGCUCAACCGCUGCAUCCCGUAGCCGCCUAGCUGCCUUCAAGCGAUCUCUCGUAGGACCAAUGUUCCCAACUCUAGGCUAUCCGCAGUUCAACCAAUUCAUGUACCCAUCACCUGCCCAUGCCCAAACGGCCCUGUUGGCACAGAUGUACUCGCGCUAUGCUCCCUACGCCCCAAACAUCGCGCCAAAACCAUCCCUGCAACUCCCAUUAUCAAUUCCCGUCGGUGCUCCAGGAUUCGGUAUGGAUCGACUAUUAGCCGCCGGUGUUGCACCUCAAUUGACGCAUCAAACCAUCACUCAACAUCAUCAAGCUCAGGCAGAGCUGUACCAAAGACUUCAAUACCAGCACCUCCUCCAGCACCAUGCCGCCCAAGCACAAGCUCAAGCGGCCCAUAUGCAGCAGUUAAGUCCUACCGAAAACCAUCAGCAGCACUCGCCCACCCUGCCGAGCCAAGCUCCGUCCGGAAGCAGCGGCCAUCAUCAAGCACCCCAAGGAUCUCCGACGGGACCCACCAUCUUCAAACCGAUCCCAAGGCACAGCUGAGAAUCUCCCAGCCUGGUCAUACCGGACGCCGCUGAAGCCGAUACCUUCUAGUGCAAAUAUUUAUUUAUUAGCUAAUUUCGAGAGUCUACUUAGAGUUCUGCUGCAGACGCAAAGAUGGCAAACGCCACACCAGUGAUAUCUAGAGAGAAAAAGAGAUCAGAGCAUUAUUUCGAUUGAGGUUUUCAACUUUCCGACAGCUGUCCGUGAAAGCUUGGAACGUGCUAUAAUAGUGACUUAAUUAGUCUCACACCGAGUAUUGAGUUUUUUUCCAUGAAAAACGCACCUGUUGAGUAAAUGUGACUACUUUUUUUUAAAUAUAAUUAUGGAGAUUGUUAACGAACUGGUCUUUGUUGCAAUUGUACGCUAUACGCAUCGAACCAAUCACCAAGCGCUGUACAUAGUUGUAAAUUCCCUGUAAACGAAAAGUAUUAGCAAUUUUUUUUCUAGCCGUUAAGAAUCGAUUCAUUAUAUAAAUUAUAUUUUUCCCGGAAAAAGAAAAA